CUCUCUCUCUCCCCCCUUCUUUUUUUAUUUGUAUCCUUUUCUUACGCUUCUUUUUUUUUUUUUUCCCUUUACUUCUAAUACAUGUCUGAUACGGAAUACCCUGUUAUUGUGGGCAUUGAUUUCGGUACCACUUAUACCGGAUGUGCUUACGCCUUUGUGCAAAAUGACGAAGUUGUCGACAUUGUGAGAUGGCCCAAGCAAAAUAACAAUGUGUAUCCCAAGACACCUACCUUAAAUUUCUACCAAGGAAAUUCCAGUCAAAUGACCCAGUGGGGAAACGCCGCUCGUGUGGAGAUGCAACGACCUACGGCACGUAACUCAGUUUUAUUAAAGCAAUAUAAACUUUAUUUGGACGAGAAUAUCGCCAAAGAUUUACCUCCUUUACCCAACGGACUGACUAUUGUGGAAGCCAUUGCGGAUUAUUUAAAGGCCUUUCAUGAACAUGUUGUAAGCGAGUUAAAGAAGGGGUUUGCUCGUAAUUACGGUCAACAUCAAUUUCGAUAUUGUUUAACUGUACCUGCCAUGUGGUCAGAUAGAGCCAAGAAUACGAUGCGUGAUGCAGCCAUUAAAGCAGGCUUGAUUGGAGAAAAUGAUCACCGUGAUAGACUGAUGUUGAUUUCUGAACCCGAAGCUGCUGCUUUAUACUGUGAAAAGAAGUGUGAGCAAUUUAAUCUGCGACAUGGUGACAAAUUCAUGAUUUGUGAUGCUGGUGGAGGAACUGUGGAUUUGAUCGUGUUUGAGAUUGACGAACACAGUGGUCGAAAAUUACGAGAGUCUACCAAGGGACAUGGACAAUCGUGUGGUAGUGUCUUUUUGGAUCGUCGUAUGAGAAAACUCUUAAAGAAGAAAUUCAAGGAAUAUUUGGCUUCUAUUCCUGCCAGUGCAUUUGAGACAAUGAUGGAUACAUUUGUGGAUCUUAUCAAACCUCAGUUUGACGGUGUUGAAGACCAGUUUAUUUCAUUACCUGCUUCAAUGAAUUUAGGCUCGUUAAAUAACCCCGCCAUCGGUCUAGAGGAAGGUAUGCUCUGUUUGACCGCCAACGAAUUAAAAGCAGAUGUAUUUGAACCCGUGGUGAAGGAAGUGCUCAAUUUGAUUGAGGAUCAACUGGUGAAGGCAGGUAGUCUUCAAGCAGUCUUUUUAGUGGGCGGUUUUGGUUCUUCCAAUUAUUUAUUUGAUAGAGUGCAAAACGAAUUUGGAUCCCGCAUUGGGUUAGUCGCAGUACCCCCUCGGUGUGAAUUAGCCGUGGUACGUGGUGCGGUUUAUUUUGGAUUGAAUCCUCGUAUUGUCACUACACGUAUUCCCCGUUAUUGGUACGGUAUUGAUACAACCACUACAUUUGAAGAAGGUGUGGAUCCACCCAAUUACAAGAUCAUUCGUGCUGAUGGAAGUAUUCGUUGUGAUAAUCGAUUCUCGGUCUAUGUCCGAAGAGAACAACCCCUCGAUAUUGAUAACUGUGUUUCCAAGGACUUCUUUGCUUAUUACCCUCAUCAUACCACUUGUACUUUAUAUGCAGCAGAUACCGAUGAUCAACCCAGAUACACCACCAGUCCCGGUGUACGCAAAGUAGCCAAUUUCACUAUCCCCAUGCCCGCUUUAACAGGCGUCAUGGAAGGUGAGAAAGUAGAUUUAUCCAUCAAAAUGUAUUUUGGUGAAGUAGAAUUAAGAGUAGAAGCCGUGAUUCGAGGCAAGACCUAUGGUACCACUUGUACUUUUGACACGGAUUAAAAUAAAAAAAAAAAAAAACUUGACAUUUUUAUGCCAGUCACGAACCCUAAAUUAAUUUAGGGAUUCCCAAAGCUAC